AUGGGAGAAGAGGACCGCACUACCGUUGCCAUGGACGCCGCCACCAACGUCUCCAUGGAGCUGGAUGUCCUCGACUGCCCCAUCUGCUCGGAGCCCCUGCGCCCUCCGUGUGCUGUGGGGCAUCUCAGAUGCUCAUCCUGCCAUGGCAAGCUCCCAAAAGGAAGAAAUGCCACUACUGCUCUCGCAAAAAGCGUCGUCUACGAACGCAGCUACGGGAUAGAAAAAGUCCUUGGAUCCAUCCAAGUCCCUUGCUACUACUCAAAGGCAGGUCACGCAGAGGCAUGCCCGCACGCGCCGUGCUUCUGCCCGGAGACCGGCUGCGGCUUCACCGGAUCAACCGGGAUGCUCCUCGCGCACUUCACCACCGAGCAUCGCUGGCCCUCCGUGAGGUUCAGCUACGCGCGGUCCUUCUCCGUCGACGUGCCGCCGGUGCAGGAAGCGGCGCACGUCGUCGUCGUCCUCUCCGGCAAGGACGACGACGGGUGCCUGUUCCUUCUCGACGUGACGCCAGCUGCGCCGCUGGGCUGCGUCGUCUCGGUGUUCUGCGUACGGCCGCGCGACGACGAGACGAAAUUCCGGUGUGGUGUGUCGUUGACCUACUCGGAGACGGAGAACAGCUCGUUCCAUAUACAGUCUUCGGAAUUCGAAGUGCCAAGCACGACGCUCGCGGAUGGGAUACCGCGGGAGCGGGACUGCUCCAUGUCCGUUCUUGUGCCCAGAUUCUGUCUGGAGAAGGACGGCAAAAUCUGUGUCACUAUGAACAAGGCCUUAGCCUGA